CGCGUCAUCAACGAAUCUAUAUAUAGCACAAUAAGUUUGCUAGUUGAUAUAUAUUUGUAUUCACAAAAGAAGCACAAGCAAGUUUUUGAAUUUUAAUUUAAAAAGAAUGGUGCAAACUAAGGAUGGAACUGUUGCAGUAGCUUCUGCUUUUGCUUGCCAUAAGAAAGCUAUAAGGGAAAGAGACCACAAAUUUUUAAGAAAAGCAGUUGAAGAAGCAUAUAAAGGUGUAGAUUGUGAAGAUGGAGGUCCUUUUGGUGCUGUUAUCGUAUACAAUGAUGAAAUUGUUGCCAGUUGCCACAACAUGGUUCUUAGGAACAAAGACCCUACUGCUCAUGCUGAAGUCACAGCAAUAAGAGAGGCUUGUAAGAAACUGAAGCAGAUUGAACUUUCAGAUUGUGAAAUAUAUGCUUCUUGUGAGCCAUGCCCAAUGUGCUUUGGUGCUAUCCACCUUUCACGAGUUAAGAGGUUGGUUUAUGGAGCAAAAGCUGAGGCUGCAAUUGCAAUUGGUUUUGAUGAUUUUAUAGCUGAUGCAUUGCGAGGAACUGGAGUUUAUCAGAAAGCACAAUUGGAAAUUAAAAGAGCUGAUGGUAAUGAGGCCAUCAUUGCUGAAGAAGUGUUUGAGAAAACAAAGGAAAAAUUUCGAAUGUAUUAAUUAAAUCUCUCAUUUUUCCUAAGUCAUUAUUAAUAACUGAUUAUAACUGGCUUCAUAUAUAAAUAAGCUCGUUAUCAUCAUGUGUAUUUUACGAAAUCUUGUGUUAAAACCAUGUAUCGAAUAUUUGUAAUAGCUUAA